UAGCCUACAAAAUGGCGACCUGGCAACAGACGCUUUGAAUAUUAAUAAGUUCAUCGCAAAAUUUUAUAUAUACCACAGGUACGCACAACAACAUAUGGUAACAAAAAGCAAGAGCACUUUGUCUAGUCCAUCACUAUGGAUACCCAGACAUCCCCAAAGCUGCCUGCCCUGCGUGAGGGCCCCAGCAGUCUGGUGUGUCAGGAAAAGCUCCCGUCUCCACCAACCCCAAGGGAACAGGCGUCUGAGUGGGCCAAGGAAGCCCGAAAUAGGAUCAACCAUUAUGUUGAGCAUGAGGCAGAGGUACCGGAGGCAGACGUGGGGUCACUCAAGCAGGAGUUGAUACCUGUGUUCAUCACGUGCCUUCAGCAGGACACCAGACACGGCUGGAUGUACCUCACAGAGGUCAUGGACAUCCUGGAGCCUUACAGCUCUUACCUGGACAUGUAUGACAUAAAGGAUGAGCUGUACCACUAUUUGGAGAGGCUGAUAUACCAUGCACAGCUGCAUAGGGAGAAAUUGUUUGACCUGCAUAUAGUUGAUGCUCUACAGAAAGUCUUCCCACAUGAGGUCUCUCAGAUAAGGAGCACCAACCAGAGGAAGGUGCGCAACUACUGUGUGACCAUCCCGUCAGUGCGUAUGUCUGCAGAGACACCAGGUCAGAAGAGGAGUUUGGUUCCCAGUCCACCCAGCCUGCUGAAUCUUCCAGACGGCUCAAACCCAUAUUCCAUGUACAUCAAUACUGAGGAGCAGUUGAAGAUGAUCAAACCCUUGACCUUUGGUGACCUCAGAAAAUCCCUUGCAGCAGUGGCAGUUGACAUGGCAACAAGAGAGUCUAUCUGGAGCCACACGCUGGGUCCAGUGGCCCAGGCCCUGCAGACUGACAUACCUGAGCCCCAGGGCAGCCCCGAGAAAUCCCCAGAGAAAGAGGUGGGUGGGUACAAGCUCACACCACGCACAGGCAUUGCUAACUACACUGCUGCAGAAAGGAAGUUCAAGAAGACCCCAAGGAUAGAGGAUGAUGAGGUGCCAAAGAUGUCAGGGAGAGAUGCAGUGGCCUACUUUGUGAAGGCCCAUCACCUGGGCAACAUACGCUCCCUGUUCUUCAACUACGCCCCCUCAAGGCACUUUGCUCCUUACGACUUAGUCUGCGUGCAUAAAAAUCAGGUGGAACCAGAGCACUAUGUGUUCUCAACGUUUGGUGUCCUCCAUGUGCUGCCAGAUGCCCCAGCAGAGAGCAUGGGACUGUCAGACUGGCAGAGAGAGGCUGUGCUGUGGAAGGCUAUCUCACAUAUACCCUUCUUCAAGAACUACCUCACCAGGAAGAUGUUUGACAGAUGGCGCUCUAACAAGCUGCGCCUUGACUUCCUGCGCCGCCAGGACGCCAUCUCGGGCAGUCUGCUGCAGAAUGUGCCAGUGUUUGGGGCCGCUCUCAUCCAGAUACUACGUCUUCUGAAGGAGCUCAUCACUGUCACCUUCUUGCCCUUUGAUAUUGAUAAAAUGUACCAGCUGUCAGACUUUGAGAACAAUGUGAACUACAAGAAUAUACAGGCAGAGAAAAUCCUAGAAAAAUUCUUCUCGUACUGUAAGAUGGUAGUGGACAGGACAGCUGAGGAGUCCUUUAACAAACUGCGCUACUGUGAGGAACAGGUGAAGAAGAAAACAUACCUGUCCAAGGAUUCUCUCCACAUGCAGAAGUUUAAGAGAGAGCAGCGGGAGGAAAACCUUCGUCUUGCUAGAAGUGAAACUGGUCGCCUGGGUAACUUUGUGAAGCUGGUGGACCAGAUGAUUGUAGAGCACAUGUUCCACCUCACCAAGACUCAGGUGACACUGUUUGUACGGGACGUACUGGACGUGGGACAGACCACACUUCGGGACGGAUUCUUCAAGGCAAACCUGGUCUUCACCAGGCAUGAUGUGCUGGGCAUAUCCCCCACGCGUGAGACUUUCACGCGGGUGCUGAUACACACCUUGAAGGGCAUACCCGGGGUGCUAUGUGCGCAGGCUGUGCCAAUGGAUGGGGCAGUCACUGAGCCAGGCACUGAGCCCCAGGGGGAGGAGGAGGAGGGGGAGUCACCACACCUCAAGUCAGAGAAUGCAAAGUCUUCAUCUGAGUACAGUCACAAUGUGGGCAGCAGACCAGCCCUGUCUGAAAGACGCAAGAGCACAGCAGCCACCAGCUCUGUGAAGCUGGGAGGAAGUCAUACAGGAUUGUCCACUGCUCGCUCCCGGGGAGGGGGGACAACAACGUCAGUGGCGCCAACAGAGCGCACGAUUCCCAUGUCCAAGACAAAGUCGUGCAUGGGGGAUGAGGAUCUGAAGAUCCCAGAGUUACCCACUGAAGAGACCCAUACCAAGGAUGAGGAUGAGAUAGGGAUUGCAACCCCUGACCUUGUGAUCCCCUACAAGCAGCAAGACCUGGUGGUGGAGGGGGAAGGGUUCAUGGGGCAGUACCAGCCCCUCACUAGGGCCAGCCUGGAGGAGAAACUGGAGAAAGAUGAGCACUUCCAGGGUAUGCUGAAGGUGACCUCGGGGCUACUGAAGGAGUCCCUAGAGGAGAUCGAGGCCUACUGUGAGUUCAACAAAUGGCUCAAUGAGAUACACCAGUUCAGCAAACGUUGGACCGAGAAGUCUGUACGAGAGUACAAGGGCGAGGCUGCCUUCACCAUUGAGCAAAAGUUAACGGAGUUGCGCCAGUGGUCAGAGAAGGUGCGCAACUUUGACCACAGUUUUCACACGAGCAAUGGCCUGUUCUUUGUGGACUGUGGCCACAUUCAUGACAUCCUGCUGCCACGGCUCAAUGAGAUCUACUCAGAGCUGGUCACCUUCGUGGCAGAGGAGGCCAAGUGUCUUGCCAACAACUUCUGUGCCGACAUGAAGACUGUCAUUGAAAACAUGAAGAACAAACAGCCCAGUGUGGACUUGUUUGCCACGUAUGCCAAGAACUACAACCAGUACAAAAAGAACACCACCUCCUACCAGCAGAAAGUCGAGUAUAUCAAGUCACUGUAUGAGGUGAUCCGUAUGAGCUACCGUCAGCUGACUACUGAUGAGGAGAAGUAUGAGGAGAACGUGUGGGCCUCCUGGGAGGCCUUCCUGCUACAGAUGCAGGACGCCUCGGAGUUCGUGAACACACAGACGCCUCUCAUGACCCAGCUGCUAGAGGACACUUACCAGAAACUGGAGGCCGAGGCCUACGAGCUGGAGGAGCAGGCAACCAAUGGCAAGUUCCUGGACCCAGACCAGAACCCCACGGCCAUACUCAUGGAGAUGAAACAUAUCCGAGACAAGUUCUACGAGAUCCAGACCCAGCUACACAAGGCCAGCAAGUGGCGGGAGGCUAUCUGUGGGGAGCCGUACGACCUGACCUUCCUUAAUGACAUGAUGACCAAGCUGGAUGUGAGGCAGGAACUGUGGAAGUACGUCGAGGUAUCCACGCAUGCCAUCAAAGACUGGAGGUCCAUGCUCUUCAAGAAGAUGAACAUCAAGAAGGCGCUGGAGAAGAUAAUUGAGUGGCAGUCAGCGGUGAGCCAGCUGAAGCCCUACCUGCCCUCACAGGACCGUGUGCUCACCAGCUGGUUCCAGGCCCUGCAAGACUUCAAGAAGGACCUGCCUGUCCUACAUAAACUGGCCAACGAUGCUCUCAAGGAGAGGCACUGGAAGGCCAUAUUUGUUGGCAUGAACGAGUCAUAUGACCCUAAGAAGCAGUUUACAGUUGCUGACCUCCUGACCUACGACCUAAAAGAGCACGACCAGCUCGUGAACCAGAUCUAUCUUGGCGCGGUUGCCGAGUAUGACCUUGAACUGAAGAUAGGUCACAUGAAGAAGUUCUGGCUGGAACGCGAGUUCAAGCUGGCGAAGCACAUACCUGACAGCCUGCUUGCAUCAAAAGAGCCAGCCAAGAAGCCCUCAAGUCCACGGCGGCGUACAAAGCUAGAGAAGUACCGUCAGGAGAGGGCGGCCCAGCUGAAAGACGGAACACAGCAGGGCCUCAAUGUGGCAGAUGACGACUACUACAUCCUAAUUGAGUUGGAAGAGCUCAAAUACCAGCUCGAGGACAGUCAGAUCAGUAUUGCUGGCAUGAUGCAGUCCCCCUACCUCGGGGACAUGACGGCCGAGGUGGAGUCCUGGGCCAGUGCCCUGCAGCAGGUGGAGGAGAUAGCAGACCUCUGGUACACAUGUCAGAAGAAGUGGCUGUACCUACUGAAGGUGUUUGAGUGGCCCCAGCUGUACAAGAGGUUCAAGACACAUGCACCCAAGUUUGAAGAGGUCCAUGCCAAGAUGAAGGACUGGAUGCGUGUGGUUUCCAACGACUCCAAGGUCCUGACCGUGAUCAAUCGACGCCGUGGGGAGAAGGGCUAUCGGCUGUUGCAGGGAGACAACCUCAGAUCACUCUUCCUAACACUUAUCCAGAUGGAGGAGGAGAUCCUGAAGCACCUGUCUUCCCUGAUGGAGAACUGUCGCCAGGAGUUCAGCCGCCUCUACUUCCUGUCAGAUGAGGAACUCGUGGAGAUGCUGGGCGUGUCUCGCAACCCCCAGGCCCUCACACCCUUUGCCAAGAAGUGUUUCCCUGGGAUCCAGUCCCUGGCCUUUGCCCUGCCCCCUGGCACCUCCAGUCUUAAUACUCACCUUGACUUUGCUCUGCAUGCUGACAAACUGCAGGUGAUAGCGUUGCGUGGAGUGAUGGGGGAGGAGUUACCGUUCUUUGCACACCUUGAGGCCCAGAGGAAGUCCACACGGUGGCUCAAGCUGCUAGAAGGCAUCAUGAAGAACACCAUGGCUACCGUGCUGCAGGCCUGUGUACAAACCCGGAUAGAGGAUGGAGGCAAGGUUCAGCCGGUGCAUGUGAUAGAAGAGAUAACAAAUGUGCACAGAGCUAAGACAGAGCAAACUGUUGAGGACAUCACUGCAGACAUCAAGCAUGCAUAUGGUCACUGGCUGCUGCGGUUCCCAGCCCAGUGUGUGCACGUCACGGAGGGAAUUCUGUGGGCUAGGGGUGUACAGCGCGCCCUUGAAAAACCUGAACCUGAACCAGACGACCUGAGAUUCCUCAAAAUGAACCUGGGCUCCAAGCUGGACCAGUAUGUGGACAUACUGCGUGACAUACACAAGACUGGGGCCACGGAGGAGGUGCGGUCCAGACUGCAGACUCUGGUCACCAUACUGGUCACUCAGAACAUAGAGCAGAGGGACUACCUUGAUGCCAUGCUGUUGGAGCCGGAGGUGAGUGAGAACUCUUUCACAUGGCUGCGUCUUCUCCACUACCACAUGGAGGUGCGUAAUGUGCUGCGGGCCAAACAGGAGCCAGUAGAGCCCCUGCCUCCCAGUACCCAGCCAGACCCUGGGGCUGUGAGACGGGCUAACAAGAAUGUCCGCAGAAAGAGCAGAAAGGAGUCAGUGGAUUCCAGCCCCAUCCAGUCCAUGAGCCGCACAAAGACGAGUGUAUCAACUGACUUCCAGUUCAGUCGCUGCACCCUUCAGCAGCUGGGCAAUGUGUUUCCCUAUGAUUAUGAGUACCUGGGCCCCUACGGACGUCUUGUGAUGACCCCUCUCACAGAAAGGGCCUUCCUAUCCCUCACACAGGCCCUAAAGAACUUCCACUGUGGUACCCUCAUUGGGCCGCCUGGCACCGGCAAGUCUGAGACUGUAAAAGACCUGGGGAAAUUGUUUGGAUGCUGCCUGUUCACUGUGAGCUGUAACAGUGAGGUCACACUGACCAUGAUGACCCAGUACAUGAUGGGAAUGGUGCAGUCAGGCUGCUGGGCUCUCUUUGAUGACACGGACAGGCUUACCAAAGGCCUGAUGUCGGUGACUGCCCAACACCUGGACCACCUGCGCACAGCUCUGCGCACGCUGGACGCCAGCAGUGAGAACCAGUACAAGAUCAGGGGGCAACCACGCUCUGAUAAGAAAACAGGUGUUGGAGAUGCUGUGAUACGUCGUAACUCCCUGACCACUCUACAUCCCCUUCCAAACUCCACAGCUGCACCGCAGUUAGAGAGGCAGAAAACUGUACCGCAUGGAUUUAAUGAGAAGGGCCUGGUGACCUACUUUGAGGAGACGUGGAUUGCAGAGAAGGAGCAGCGCCGUCACUCCAUCGAGCGAGAGAUUGAGAUCCAGGAGUCGGACCUGUACAAUAAGAACAAACCUCCCCCACUCUUCUACGAGCAUGCACGGUUCAAGGGCAAGAAGGCGUUCCCAGACUACAGUAAGCUCCUCAAGGAGGCCUUGUACCGUAACGAGGUGCUCGGUAACGUCAUGUUCCAGGGCAAACUGGUCCAGGCAAGCGCCAACUUUGCCUGCUUCAUGACACUCAACAUCACCAACCCUGCCGCUGCUGUCAUUCCAGAAACAUUCAGGGUGUUGCUGCGGCCGUGUGCCAUGAUCCAGCCAGACCUGCAGCCGUACAUAGAGGCCACCCUGCUGUGUCAUGGGUACGCCCACUACUCCAUGUGGGCACAGAAACUACUGCUGUUUGCCAAGCUCCUCAAGAUGCAGUUGCCCAGAAAGGAGCAGUACAGUGUGGGGUUCCGUGACCUCAAGAUGGUGCUGAAGGUCAGUGUUCCUACGCGGAGAGAGCUGCAGGAGGAACAGAACAAUGAAAAACAAACCAUGGAAGAUGACCAGAAGCAGACCCAGACCAAGAUGGACACCCCACCACUGGUUGACAUGGACGCUCGUGCUCUGGAGGAGCAGUCCAUCAUCCUUGGCCUGGUGGAGGUGUUCAGACCCCGCCUGGAGUCCGAGGACGACCGGGGGACCCUCGGUAACAUCCUGCGGGACGUGUUCCCUCUGAGCAGUAAGCCCCAGUCACACGCUGAGCCCAUGCAGGAUAUCAAGCUGAUAAACGCAGUGCGGGAUCAACUGAAUGAGGACAAUCUGAAGGAGACACCUGAAAUCAUGAACAAGAUCAUGCAGCUGUACAACACGAUCCAGCAGAGUGAGUCUGUAAUCAUCACAGGGGCCUCUGGGUCUGGCAAGUCUACAUGUGUGGGCGUGCUGGCAAGGGCCCUCAACCGCCUCAACUACCUGCUGUUUGCACCUGACCACUCAAAGGACGAGCUCUCCACCGACCGUGGGGUGCUGAACCAGGUCCAACACAAACUGAAGGAGCUGGGCAUGGAGCAGUUUAUUGCAGCAGAAGAGGAAUUUUUGUCCCGUCUUGGAGCACCAAAAGUUGAGCAGUCUAAAGGCACCCAGAAGCUGAAGCAUUCCACAUCUGUGCUGACAAAGGUCAACGAAGCUAUACAUGAGAUGGAAGUGAAGAAGUCGCCAGAGUAUGCCAUGUUCCCCAAGAUUGACCUGGUCAGGCUCAACCCUACAGCCCUCUCCAGUCAGGAGCUGCUGGGCCAGUUUGAGGAUGGCCUAUGGCAGGGAGGACUGAUACAGAAGAUCCUUAGGGAGGCCGGCUUCAUGUCAGAUGCUGUGAAGACGUACCUGCAGAACUACAAGAAACAGGAGCAAACCAAACAGAAGCAGAAGACAGAUCUGCCAUCUGUUCUGCUCAAGUGGAUCGUGCUGGACGGAGUGUUGCACCCCAACUGGACGGAGGGGCUCAACACCGUCCUAGACAGUGAACGCAAGCUCUCCAUGGCCAACGGGGGACAUGUCGCACUCAAUGUUGAGAGCACCAAGCUGCUGUUUGAGGCGACGGACCUGACCCACAUCUCCCCCUCCACAGUGGCUCACUGCAGCAUCAUACACAGUGGGGAGGAGACUGUCAACUGGACCUCACUGUUCGAGUGCUGGGCAAAGACCGCCAAGUCCAAGUGGAUCUUCACCUCAGACUGCAUGAAGGUGAUCAUAGACAUUGCCCAUGAUGUGUUUGGACCCACUAUAAAGUUCCUCAACUCAGAGUGCACGACCGCCCUGCUCACUGACGUUGGCUACUCGGUUGCCAUGGCAAACAGGGUGUUGCCAGGGAUUCAUGCAGUGACCUCGUUCAUUAUGAUGUACUCGGCUUUGCUCGACCGGGGCUUCUCCAGGGACGAGUUUGAAAAGAAAAUCACAAACAGGGAACCAGAUGAGGAAACCAAACUGAUAAUAAUAUCAAGACACCUAGAUCCAGUGAAGACACAGACACCUACAGGUACAAACAGUCGGAUGACAAGCAGCUCCCAGAUCGAGAACAACAUCCCAAACUACAUAGAGCAGAUGAAGGGCAUGUUUGCACUCGCCUAUAUCUGGGCCUUUGGGGGAAACUUGCAUGACAGACACAGAGACAAGUUCAGCAAGUUUGCCCAUGACAUCCUUUAUGGAGCCCGGCACGGUAUCAGGCUACCCUUGUCCGGUACUGUGUUUGACUACUGCAUCGACCCGGGAACCGGCAACUUUAUCAAGUGGAGCCAGCGGACCCAGGAGAAGGUCAAGAACAUUGCCCAGGGUUAUGUGGUGACCCCUGAGGUGGAAAAGUACACAUAUCUCCUUGACCUUCUUGUGACCUCCCAUCAGCCGGUGCUACUGGUCGGGCAGCCUGGCGUUGGGAAGACAUCCCUUAUACAUAACAUGGUCCUUCCAAAGCAGACAUCCACAAAGAUCACGAUGUCGCCUGGGAUGACCUCAGCCAUAUUUCAGGAGGCCCUGAUGGCUCACAUCCUGGAACUUAAGAGCAAGGCACUCAACGUAAUCACCUCGGGCCCGGCCGCCACCAAUGCUGCCCCGCAGAAACACCUGUUUUUCAUUGACGACCUUAACACUGCAUCCAAGACUGAAGGUUACCAGCCUCCCCUUGAGCUGCUGACCCAGAUGUUGUCCCAGGGUGGGGUGUAUGACAGACACAGACAGCAGUUUCAGGCCAUGACCGAGGCCAUUAUCCUGGCUGCAUGCACAGUACCCACCUGUCCUGGUGUGGGUAUGGGGGAGUCCUGCCAUGUGAUGUCCAGCAGACUGACCCGUCUGUUCAUGAACAUCACCCUGUACUUCCCCAACACGGAUGGCAUCCUCUCCACCUUUGGCCGCAACAUCCAGCACUGGCUGGAAGAGUUCCCCACGUACUCCGUGGAGCACCAUUUUGAGUAUGCCAGGGCACUGACACUAGGCCUGGUGGAGCUGUACCAGAAGGUGAAGGAGAAGUUCCGUCCCACCCCGUCCCACGCCCACUACGUCUUCUCCCUCCAUGACAUUUCCCGCGUUGUGCAAGGCAUAAUGCUCAUGUCCCCACGCUCACGCACGCACAAGAUGAUGAAGAUAAAAAAAGACAAGAAAGGAAGCAGAACUACGUCGAGGGCCACGUCCCUGGACUCUAAGGGUCGCCAGAGUCUUGGUAGCCUUAGCAACUCCCUUAGCAACCCUGCAGACCUGCGGGAAGUGGGAGGGGCCUCGCCUCCCAUGAUGAAGGUCAUAGCCCAGCUGUGGUGUCACGAGUGCACACGCACCUUUGCUGACAGGCUUGUUACCGAUGAUGAUUGCCAGUGGUUCAGUCGUACGCUAGAGGAGAUCGUUGUGAAGCAGUUCUGCAGUCCUAGAGAGGACCCCAAAGUGGAGAUGGCUGCCAUCACAGAGGAGACUUUCUCGCAGUCACAGAGUAUCCCAGCAUCCCCUCGUGCCCCAGGCACCCCAACCCCUGUGCGCCCUCCGUCGCCGUCUGAUAGUGAGGAGGAGGGGGCGGAGGGGGAAAAGGGGAGAGAGCAGCCAGGGGAGACAACACACAGGACAAGCUCUGAGAGUGAGAAAUCUAUAGACUCAAAGAGCACAUCAAGCAAAAGGUCGUUGCGUGGGUCAAUAGCUUCGCAGGUGUCCUCCAAGAAGGAAAGUAGCUCAGACUCCUCUGCAGACAACCAGUCUGUGACACUUGGGGAGAGUGACAAUGGCAACGAGGCGCUCAGAAACAGUGGUCAGACUCCAGCCAAGGCAGACAUGGGUGGUGCGGGAUUCGUGUCUGAGACUGAGUAUGAGACGGAAGAUACCGGCAGUGAUGACUCUUAUACAGAAACAGAGACGGAGACUGACUCAGGCACACCUAGAGGUAUGACUGGGACCAUGGCCACUACGAUAGACGACUCCAGCCGGGGAACAAGUAGAACAUCAGCCACGACCACCACGCUGCAGACACCAAGUACCUUGUACAAAUACUAUGCCAAGGGCACGCCGAGGUUCAAGAAGCAGUUCUCUCAUCGGGGCAGCAUGGGCUCCUCCCGUCAUGUACACUUCAAGCCCGGACUUAUGACUGACAAGGAGCACAUCGCUUUCUUUGGGCCUCUCAUGAAACUGGAUGAGAUCAAAGGUGGCCAGGACACGUUGACAGACUUCAUCUUCAGCAAGUACUUCAUGACUUCCCACACGGAGGCCAUGGGGCUGUCCAUUGAGAAAGGUUACACAGACACGACAGAGGAGACGCUGGGGGAGGCUCUGCACACCUGCCUCAACAUCUACAACAUAGGCACGUCUCAGCGCCUUGAGCUGGUAUUCUUCAAGCAGGCUAUCCAUCAUGCAGCCAGGCUUAGUCGGGUGCUGGCUCUACAAGGUGGCCAUGGCCUGUUGCUUGGGACCUCUUACUCCACCGGCCGCGCCACCCUUGUCAGGCUGGCCUCCUACAUCGCACACUGCAAGAUGGGUCGCACUAGAAAGCAGAGAAGAAUGCUUUAUGAGCCCAAGCCUCAGACAGAUCCAGCCAAGAAUCUGCGUAUAGUCCGUGAGCACAUCAAGAGAGCCUGCUACCACACGGGCAUUCUGGCUAAACCCUCCGUCCUUCUGGUACAUGAGGACUUGGGCAUAGACUGUCUGGCAGAUGUGGCAGCCGUCAUGGCAGAGGGUACCAGUCCGGGCCUGUACACGGAGGAUGAGAUGCAGGCCAUUGUGAGCCAGAUGAUGCCUGGGGGAGUACAGACCAAGCGGGUUGACAAGAUUGAGCAGGCCUUUGAGAGGUUCAUCAAGCGUAUCAAGCAACACCUGCAUGUCAUUGUCUGCCUCAGCUACAGGGGUAAUAGCUUCAGCUCCAACUUCAAGUCACUGCACACUGUGAUGUCUCGCUACCCAAACCUGAUCAAGUACUCGAGCUGUGUGGACCACUACCAGCCCUGGCCGUAUGACGCUUACGUGAAGAUUGCACGCGUCUGGCUGCAGGAUGAGCGCUCUAGGGUGCACGUUGCCUGGCACCCCACGAAGCGUGAGGAUCAGAUGGAGAUGACUGCGUGCGCCAUGGCCUAUGUGCACCUGUCUGCCAAGGUGGCCCUCGAGAGACAGUACUGCCACCAGAGAGAUCCACUCAGGUUCUUCUCUCCACUCACCUACAUGGAGUUCGUGCACAUCUUCAGAAUUGUGUGCGCCUACAUUGUCAAGAAGGAAACUGGCAACAUCCACAAGCAUGAGAGGGCCCUUGCCAAGGUCAACGAGGCAUUUGGCAGCAUUGACGACUUCCGCCGUGAGGUCUCCAACCUGAGUCCCCAGCACAAGGCUGCCACAGAGGAGAUCAAGGGACUGGUGCAGGAAGUAGAAGCUCAGAAACAGGAGUACAUUGCGGCCCUGGACAAGUGCAAGGAGCAGGAAGUGUUGAUAGAGGAGCUCCAGGGGCCGCUGGAACGACUCAGGAAGGACGCCCAGUCAGAGUUUGACAAGCUGAACCCGAACUACAAGGCGGCAAUCUCGGCACUGAGCGCUCUGAACCGACAGGAUCUUGAUGAGGUGAAGAGUUUCCGUGCGCCACCAGAGCUUGUAAAAUACGUUGUCUACGCCCUCUGUCUGCUCUUUGAUAAGCCACAGGAUUGGGAGAAUGGCAAGCUUCUGUUGACCCGUGAAAACUUUAUCCAGGACCUGAUCUUCUACGACAAGGACAACAUUCCCGAGCAGAUCUUCUUUGAGCUAACCCAGCUUGUGAAGGAGCCAAUGUUCCAGCCAGAAAGGAUUGAGCCUAUUAGCAAGGCCGCCACUGGGAUCUGCGUGUGGGUGCACUCGGUGCAGAAGUACUCCGAGAUCCACCGCAACAUGCAGCCACGCUUGAAGAACUUGCUGGAACAUGAGGAGAAGUUUACAAGGGCUCAGGCCAAGCUGGGCCAGUUGAGAGUGGACGCAAACAGACUGAAAAGUGGGCUCGAGAGGAAGAUACAAAUCCACAAGGCAGCCGUAAAGCGGGCAAAGACCAUCUUCAGGCAAAUGCAGAGCAUUGAGCGGAAGAUCUCACGAGCAGUCAACCUGAUGGAGAACAUGUCCAUGCAAAACUUCAUGUGGAAGUCAGAGCUGCGCAAGGCCAAGCACCAGAUCUUCACGGCUCCCGGGGACGCCCUCAUCACCGCAGCCUGCGUUUGCUAUCAAGGACCCCUCUCUGAUAAACUCAGGGGGGAACUUCUGCAGGACUGGUUGGAGCGCUGUAAGCAGGGUACCUUCACAUUGCCCAAGUCCACAGGGCUGGAGGUGCACUCGCUGGGUGCAGGCGUGGACAGCCUGUUUGCUUUCGACCGUCAGCGAGACCGGGACUCUCAGAGUGACAACUCUAGCACCAUUGACACACAGAGUGAGAGCGGGAUUCCCUCCCUGCCGGAGGUGCGUACAUACAAGUACCAGCCUGUGGUGUUUGACACCAGUAAGUACUACAAGUCAGAGUUGAAGCGCCAGGGCAGUGUGGAGUAUGAGCCGGCAGGGAACACAGAACUGGAGGACUCUGACGAUGAGGAUGAACAAAGUCUGCUCAUGACCCGUGCCGCAUACACUGUACAGGACAUUCUAAGUGACUUUGACGAGCUCAGCACCUGGCGCCUAAAGGACCUUAAAACGGACCUGCACUCUAUCCAGAACGCGCUGUUCAUGCGUGUCUCCUCACACAACAGGAAGUACUGCUGGCCCCUGCUUAUUGACCCUGACAACCAGGCGGAGACCUGGGUCAAGGCCAUUCAGACCAGCAAGAACAUCUUCUCGGAAAAGGAUGUAACUGACGGUGAUGAUAGUGAAAUCACAGAUCUACCGCCUGUGCCUUCCUCUGAUGAGAAGGGUGAGGGCCCAACCCCCCACCCGCCCAGUCGGGGCACGGCCAUCACGUUCUCAGACUACAACGUGGAGUACCCGCCGGACGAUACAGACACAUCCCGCACACAGACCACAACUAACUCCUACACCAACACUGACUAUACCAAGAGAGGCUCACGAGAGUCCUCAUGGGAGAGUGAGCAGCUGCGUCCGGUUACCUCGGUGACGGCCAGCUGGGAGAUGUACAGCCUGCACCCAGACCAGGCCAUAGACCACCCGGAGCACAACCUGUGGAUCAUUGAGGCUGACAACCCCAAACUGGACAGCAAGCUGAUAAACGCUGUUGUUCAUGGUGUGACAGUCCUGAUCACUCACCUGGAACGCAAGCCCCUGGACCCCUUAUUCCGUGGUCUGCUGCUGAAGCACUUCUACGUGGACAAGGAGGGAAACAAGGUGGUGAGGGUUGGCUCAGAUGAGUUCAAGUACCAUCCAAACUUUUGCCUCUACCUCAGCACUUCGGUACCGCUCUUCUUGAAAGGUGAUGGCCUUCACACAAUCCCUAUACACCGUAUGUGUGUAAUCAACAUGGCGCUGAGUGAUGAGGCUAUCAUCAACUACCUGCUCUCAGAGACCAUGCGUGUAGAGCGCAAGGAGUUUGAGGGCCAGAAAAGGUCAAACGAGAAUGACAUCAUCAUGCACAGACAAAAACUUGCUCAGCAACAUUAUCGUUUGGCAUGUCUUACAUCGAGCGAGAUGAUCCGAGAGAAGACCCUGAACCUGUUUGGGCCCAUCCUGGAGGACCAGACUAUGCUGGACUCUCUGAUCAACUGUCAGAAAGAGGUGGAGAGGAACAAGAUGAUACUAGAGGAGACCCGGUACAUGGGUGACCACCUGGAGGAGAAGUUCUCCCACUACGUACCCAUGAUCAUGCAGUCGGCCAUGCUGUACAGCCUGAUACAGCGUAUGGCCGUGCUCCAUUCCUACUACUACAUGCCCUUCUACAAGUUUGUGGAGAUGUUCACAGGGGUCAUCAAGUCCAGAGACAGGGGCAAGGGCACUCAGGGUGCUCCUGCAUCAAGGGCCAAGGAGCUGUGCGAUGCUGUGUUCUCCAGCAUCUUCAAGUACGUCUCCAUGAUGAUGUUUGAGAGGCACUUCCUGUUACUGCAGCUGCUGGUGGCCCUGGAGCGCCUUCACCUCCAGAACAAGGCCUCCAGCCGGGAGCUGGGUAUCUUCCUCAACGGGUUUGACAAGCAGGGCAUAGAGGAGGCAGCACUGCUGGAACACAAGCCUGACUGGAUGGAGCCACAGGCCUGGGUGGACUGCCUGGUGUUGGAGCAGGUCCAUCAUGCCUUCCACGGACUACGCAGGUCCCUCAUUGCCAACCAGGAACAGUGGAGAGAGUAUUUCCAGCACCCUGUGUCCCUGAUGAACCCAGUCCCAGGCACCACUAUGCAGGACAUCAGGAUCUUCCAAAGGUGUAUGCUCUGGCGGUUUGCUUGCCCGAGAAGGCUUGCUGAGGUGAGCCAGGCCCUGAUCCUGUAUGAGCUGGGAAGCAUCCGAAUGAUACCAGACCAUUACAACAUCCGGGAGGUGUACAGCUACACCACCAGCUGCAACCCUGUAGUGUUUGUGCUGCCCAACCAUAAACAGGACAUGGAGGCAUCUGAGGCUACCAAAGGCCUGCCAUACGUUAGCCCGUCCCAUGAGGUGAAGCGCCUCGCCAAGGAGGUCGGCAUGGAGGGCAAGGUGAAGGUCAUGAACUUUGGGGUCAAAGGUCAGGUGUGUGAGGUGAAGCAGGCGGUGGAGGACUGCAUUCAGACGGGCUACUGGCUCCUCAUACAGAACUACCACCUGGCAGAGGAACCUGAACAGGACUUCUUUCAGCUGCUCAAGGACAUAGUGUACACCAAGUGGCUACAGCCACAGGAGUCCGACGGCUCCACAGUGCAGGAAGACCCUGGCCCCCUUGUGGCCUACUCGCGCCAGGACAACCAGGGCUCAGAGUUCAAGGUCGCAGACACCUUCAGGCUUUGGAUCACCACCCAGUCUGAUAUUGGCAGGCUUAUACCAGGUGUGCUGGUACAGCAUGGUAUCAAGGUCACAGCAGAGAGUACGGGCAACUUCAAGUCCACACUGCAGAAGUCCUACAGAUCUGUGGCAUUCCUCCUCAACAACUUCCAGCUCUCACCGGAUGAGUCGCCGAACGAGAAGAUGGGCAGGAUUAUGCCCCUUGCCCUUCUGCACUCCCUUCUGCUCCAGCAGUGUUACUAUGGCAACAGUGUGUUCCACACCCACCACUACUGGUCCCUGACAGACCUCGCAAUGGCAGUCGACAUCUUUAAAAAGGUGAUGCUGAAAUGCCCAUCUCGUGGCAACAUGCCUGGUCUGGUUGCCCAGGUUUACACUGACCACUGUGUGGACAACACGGACAAGGUAGCAGUACAGGCCCUUGUGGAGACUUUGGCAAAGUACGCUACUCUGCCUAUUGAUCAGCUGCCUGAUAAGACUGAUGAGCGCCUGGUUGUGCUGCUGAAGAGGCUGCUUCACAUGGAUGAGGGCACAUUUAAUCUGAAAAGGGCCGUGGACUCCCUUGAUGAGCUGGCCGCCAGGACAUUUGGUCUCCCUGACGAAGCUGACCUUGAGGUCACCGCAGAAGUCAGCAGUAUCCUGUCACGGGACAUGGUGCAGGUGAUAGGGGCUCCAGAAUUGUUCAGUCGGGUGACGGCCAACUACGGCAGCAUGAUGAUAGCCCGGGAAGCCCUCAUCCCCCAGUACAUAGCUCUCGUUCAGGCCCUGCCCAUGCUGCCAGAGACUGACCGCAACCAGUACAUGCCUCUGGACGUGUUCCUUCACUACGAGGCAGAGGGGUACAGGAGACUCAUCGAUACCAUCAUGCUAGACUUGAACCUUCUGCUCCAUAAGGCCCGGGGUGAGAUCCUGCCCUCUCCGGAGUUGAACCAGGUCAUAUACGCCAUCAAUAGGAACACGGUCCCUGCGUCGUGGUCUAGUGAGGGUUUCCAGACUGGCAUGGGUCUGAAUGGCUGGUUUAGAGAACUGGCUGUGAGGCUGAGGUACCUGAGGUCAUAUCUGCUGGAGGAGAGACCUGCCACGUAUUGCCUGUCUGUGUUCCUCAGACCUGACCGCUUCCUGGAGGCCGUGAAGCAGACAUAUGCCAGGAAACAGUUCAAGGACAUCGACUGCAUAGAGUUCAAAGUGGAGGUGAUGCCAGCGGGUCUGAAGCCCUCACAGCCCCCUCCAGAGGGCGUGUUCCUGUCCGGUCUCCACCUCCACAACGCCCUGUGGGACUUGACGCGGGCGGUGAUGAUGCUGCCCACGCCUGACAGUCCCUCCACCCAGGAAAUGCCCCUUUUCUGGCUGAAGCCCCUUGAGACGAGCGCAGCAGGAGCUGCCCAGACCCCACGGCGCCUCUACCAGCUCUACAAGUGUCCGGUGUUCUGUGCCCGGGACCGCAGGCACCAGGGUGACCGGAACAUUGUCGUGCAUUUCUCCUUGCCCACCCUGUGUGAUCCUGCAGUGUGGCAGUACCAGAGGGUGUUUCUUACCACCAGUCUGAUGCAGGCCGCAAACUGAGUGGAGAACUGUUGAACACUGUAACUUAAACAUGAAAUUUGCGUGUUAAUGACUCAACAUUUUUUUUAAUUGUAUGCACCCAGAGUUAAAGCAGUGAAUUCUGUAACAGAAUAAGAAAUCUUCAUGUAAAUGAGUUGAUAAGGUGUUUAAAAUUGUGUUAUAGAACGUUAUGUGGAAACUGUAUCACUUUUAUUUUGGUAUGUUUAUUCCUUUAUAAUUUGUUACUUCUAAAGAAGUUAGAAAUAUGUCUUCAGAAGCACUUAAAAGCGCCUGUUUUUCUUAAUUGCUGGACAGCUAUACUUCUUUCUGAUGUUGUGUGAAGUGCUCGGGAACUUAAAGAUAAUUGAAGCAAAAAAUGUUGAUCCAUGGAGCUGGAUUGUCAAUUUUCUGCCUCAGUGAAAGCCUGUCAGGUGUUGUUGCCAACAACAGUCUGCUAGAGUCAUUUGCUACCUGUGUAGAAUUUGUUAAUAAUGAUUGCUUGCUGAAAACCAAAGCUCCUGUGUAUUUGGGUUAUUUUGAAGCUGGGAUGUGGUUUAUUUUGUAACCAAAUUGUGCUGUUUACCCAUAAUGUGAUAUUAUUUAUUUACUGCAUCUUGUUGAAGAAUUAUAUUUCCAAUGCAUGUAUUUAAACAUUCCCUCCUACACUUCUACAGGUGGAGAAUCCACUAUAGGUGGAUAGUCUUCUCUGCUGAACUGCCCUUCCACUUUGUUUUCCAAGUUUAUUUCAUAAUCCGUCUGUGAUACUGUGAUGUGUUUAUUUGUAUAUAUUAUAAUUAUGAGCUGCUGCCUUAAUUCAUUUGUGUAAAGUGCAUGUUCCAUCUGCACAGGCUAAUAAACAACUAAACUUUCCACUUUUAUGGAAUUCUCUUUUGAACGAAAAUGAAGUCUAGGCAGUAAAUGGCGUCCCUGAUUAGCUUGUUAAUAUGGGACAAUACUUUACACUUAUGCAUUAAGCCUAGUUUUAUACGAGACCAGCUAUGUUUAUAUUGUGCUUUUUUAUAUAUAUAAAUAAAUUGAUUGAAUAAGGAU